UGUUGUUGGAUAUGCAACUUCAAAUUAUAGUGCACAUAAACCAACUUGUGGAGCUUGUCAUAGCCAAGUCGAUUCCUUAGUAGCGUGUGAAUCAGUGCAAAUGUGCUCCACUUUCGUUCUUUUCUUUUGUUUUGUUUAACUUGAAGCCGAUAAGCUUAUGAUUCGCUGGAUCCAAAUGGCAACAUCACGAUAAAAUGGGAUAUUAUUAGUUGGACUCCUGAUGGUUAUGUUGCAACAGUCACAAUGUUCAACUACCAACAGUUCCGACACAUCUCAGCGCCUGGGUGGCAGCUGGGGUGGUCGUGGGCGAAGAAGGAGGUCAUCUGGUCGAUGGUGGGGGCUAUGGCCACUAAGCAGGGUGAUUGCUCAAAGUUCAAGAGCAGCCCUCCCCAUUGCAGCAAGAAAGAGCCAAAUAUUGUCGAUCUUCUUCCAGGCACCCCAUUCAACCAGCAAAUUGCCAAUUGCUGCAAGGCGGGAGUUAUAAGGACAUUUAACCAGGACCCAGCAAAUGCUGCCUCCUCCUUCCAGAUCAGUGUAGGUCUUGCUGGGAAUACCAAUAGGACGGUUAAGGUGCCGAAAAAGUUCACUCUUAAGGCCCCAGGUCGUGGGUACACCUGUGGGCGUGCUAUUGUUGGCAUGCCUACCAAGUUUUACUCCUCAGACGGGCGCAGGGCAACCCAAGCUCUUAUGACCUGGGAUGUAGCCUGCACAUACUCCCAAUUUCUUGCUCAGAAGACUUCAACCUGCUGUGUAUCUCUGUCAUCGUUUUACAAUGACACUACUGCGAACUGCCCGACGUGCUCUUGUGGCUGUCAAAACAAUGUUAGUCAUCCAGGAAGCUGCGUAAAUGACAAUUCGCCUUAUUUACGAUCUGCCAUCAAUGGUCCUGGCAAAAUUACCGGCCAGCCUCUUGUCCAAUGUUCUCCCCACAUGUGCCCGAUAAAAAUCCACUGGCAUGUGAAGCUCAACUACAAGGACUACUGGAGAGUGAAAGUCACCAUCACAAACUUGAACUACCGAAUGAACUAUUCAGACUGGAACUUAGUGGCCCAACAUCCUAACUUCGACAGUACCACCAAGGUUUUUAGCUUCAACUACAAGCCACUUACCCCAUAUGGAGACGGCAUAAAUGAUACCGCGAUGUUCUGGGGAAGGAAGUUCAAUGAUGUCCUUAAGCAAGCUGGUCCGCUAGGAAAUGUGCAGUCAGAAGUACUAAUGCGGAAGGACUCAGAGACUUUCACCUUGGAUAAGGGAUGGGCCUUUCCAAGGCGUGUGUACUUCAAUGGUGAUAACUGUGUCAUGCCGUCCCCCGACUCGUAUCCAUGAUGCGCUGGCUACAGAUGGAAGGUGGGGAGGGGUGAUAAGGUUGUCUUUUGGGAAGAUAUCUUGUUUGGUCAAUUAUGGAGUCUGGCUAUUACAUUUUGGGAUCUUUAUGUCAAUCCUAAUGAACAACAUUGCACUAUUGCUAGCGUGUGGGAUGUGACUGAUCUGAAAAUCAUUUUAGAAGAAGUGUCUCCCCAUAUCUGCAUAACCGUUGGCUUGAUCUUG